AUGAACCCGUCAAUGGAGUCCCUUUUACAGACUCUUGGAUUCCUGAGAGUCCCAACACAGGAACCAGGGAGUCUGAAAAUUAGGACAAGGGAUUUUGAAAGCAAUCAUACUAAGAUCUUAACUAAUACCACUUUCCUGGAAUGUGAUGUGCUCGCUGUAUUGUUUCUUUGUGGAACUCAAAUUCACUUUGUGCCUGCCAAUACCUUUUCCUCAUUAAAAGAUUUGGGUGAAUUGGAUCUGUUCAGCAACUUGACAGAUUUACCACAUUACGUUUUUAAAGACUUGAAGUAUUUACAAAAGCUCAACUUACCUUUCAAUCCACUUUCUCACCUCUAUGAGGAUCAGUUUGGAAAUCUUCAGCAACUUCAAUCACUUGACCUGGAAAUGAUCAAGAUUCCAAAUAUAAAUACAGGAACGUUUCAACAUAUGAAGAACCUCUUCCACAUCUGCUUCAGAAAGUUUCAGUAUUACUCCUAUGCUCUCCAUGUGCAAAUAUGCACACCAUUAAUGGGUGGUAUUUCAUCAUUUGAGGACCUCUUGUCUAACCAUGUUCUGAGAGUAUCUGUGUGGGUCAUAGCUUGUAUUAUGUGUUUUGGAAAUCUUUUUAUUAUUGGAAUGAGAUCAUUUAUCAAAGCAGAAAACAAGACACAUACCUUGUCUAUCAGAAUUUUGUGUUGUGCUGACUGUCUAAUGGGAGUGUAUUUGCUCUUCACUGGAGUUUUUGACAUUAAAUAUGGAGAGUAUAAAAAAUACGCUGUGCUGUGGAUGGAAAGUUUCCUGUCUACAGAGGUCUGUGUCCUUUUGGGCCAGACAUAUCUGACCUUGGAAAAGUAUUUAGUGAUUGUCUUUCCCUUCAGUAAUAUCUGUCCUGGAAAGCAGCAGACAAUAGUGAUUCUUCUAUCUAUAUGGAUUGCUGGAUUUUUCAUAGCAAUAAUCCCAUUUUGGGAUGAGGACAUUUUUGGAAAUUAGAAAUCAAAAAACAGUGUUUGUUACCUAUUGAAUUCUGAUUGAAUAGAAGAAACUGGAGGCAGUGGACAUUCUCUUGGUAUUUUUCUUGAUGUGAACCUGCUAGUCUUCAUUAUAAUAGUGUUUUCAUACAUCAGCAUGUUUUGUUCUGCUCAAAAAACUGCCCUUCAGACAUCAGAACGAGGAAGUCACAUUUGCAGGGAUGUUGUUGUUGCCAAUUGUUUCUUUUUUAUAGUAUUCACUGAUGCCAUCUGCUGGAUUCCUGUUGUCAUUAGAAUCUUCUCCUUAUUCCAAUUGGAAAUUCUAGACACUGUCACUUCCCAGAUAGCGAUAUUUGUUCUGCCAAUAAACAGUGCCUUGAACCCCAUUCUCUAUACUCUCACAACUACUUUCUUUAAGGAGAAUUUAAAGCAGUCACUGAACAGACAUCAAAGCAGGGAAGUUUUCAAAAAUGACAAAAAAAACUUGGCCACUUUAGUCCUUUAG